AUGAGCACUUUUUCAGGAGAAAACUUAUUGGUUUUAAAAAAGACUGGUCUUUAUUUUAUCUUUUAUUCUUGUACUUUUUCUCUAUUUUUUCUCUCCCCCAUUCCCUCUCUCUCUCUUUCCCCUCUCUCUCUUUUUCCUCUCUCUUUCUCUUCUCUCUCCUUUCCUCUUCCCUCUCUCUUUUUCUUUUUCUCCUCUCAUUCUCUUUCCCCCCUCUUUCCUCUCUCUCUCUUUUUCUCUUUCCCUCUAUCCUCUCUUGCUUUCUCUUUCACCUCUUUCCCCCCUCUCUCUCUCUCUUUUUCUUUUUCCCUCUAUUCUCUCUUGCUGUCUCCCUCUGUCUCUGUCUGUCUCUCUCUCUCCUUCUCUCUUUCUCUUCUCUUUCCUUUUCUCUUCCCUCUCUCUUUUUUUUUCUUCUCUCAUUCUCUUUCCAAAAGAAAAUCUCUCUCUUUUUCUCUUUCCCUCUCUCCUCUCUUGCUGUCUCUCUCUCCCUCUCUCUUUCUCUUCUCUCUCCUUUUCUCUUCCCUCUCUCUUUUUCUUUUUCUUCUCUCAUUCUCUUUCCCCCUCUUUCCUCUCUCUCUCUCUCUUUUUCUCUUUCCCUCUAUCCUCACUUGCUCUGUCUCUCUCUCUCUUUCUCUUCUCUCUCCUUUUCUCUUUUUCUUCUCUUUCUCUUCUCUCUCCUUUUCUCUUUUUCUUCUCUUUCCCCCUCUUUCCUCUCUCUCUCUCUUUUUCUCUUUCCCUCUAUCAUCACUUGCUCUGUCUCUCUCUAUCUCUGUCUCUCUCUCUCUCUCUCUCUGUGUCUCACUCUCAUAUUAUCUUUCAUACUCAACUCUCUUUUCCAACAUUCGAGUUUUUGUUCCCUACUUUUACUCUCUUAAAAAAAAACAUCUUUCACUUUCUUUUUACUGCCUUACUCUCCUUUUCUAUCUUUCCUUUUUUUCUCUUUCUCUUCAUCUUCUUCUUUUUUCUUCUUUCCUUCCUUUCUUUCUCUUCAUCUCCCUCUUUUGUUUCCCCCUCUCUCUCUCUUCAUAUUUUCACACUUUUCUUUUUUCUUCUCUUUCUCUCUCUCUCUUAAUCUUUUCCCUCUUUUCAUCUUUCUUCUCUCUUCAUCAUCUCCCUCUUUCUCUUUCUGUCUUUUCUUUUUCCUCUUUCUCUUCAUCUUCUCCCCUUUUCUUCUUUCCUCUCUCUCUCUCUCUUAAUCUUCUCCCUCUUUUCAUCUUUCUUCUUUCUUCACCAUCUUCCUCUUUCUCUUUCUGUCUUUUCUUUUUCCUCUCUCUCUUCAUCUUCUCCCCUUUUCUUCUUUCCUCUCUCUCUCUCUUCUUCUUCUCUCUCUUUUCAUCUUUUUCUUCUCUCUUCAUCAUCUCUUUUCUCUUUCUCUCUUUUCUUUUUCCUCUUUUCUUCAUCUUUUUUUCUUCUUUCUCUCCCUCUCUCUUAAUCUUCUCCCUUUUUCAUCUUUCUUCUCUUCAUCUUUUCCCUUUUUCUUUUCUUUCCUUUUUCUCUUUUCUUCAUCUUCUCUUUUUUCUUUUUCUCUCUCUCUCUCUCUCUUAA